AUGCAUUGGACACAACUGCUGUUGGCAUUCGGGGCCACAGCUUUUGCUCUUCCCUCAAAUCAGAAUGUCUGCCAAUCUGAAAAACAGGUCAUUAAUGAAAUUGAAAAUGACCGAGAGGCUCGGGAAUACUGCCGUAAUAUCGUGCUUCAUAUUCCAACUCACACGGCUACCGUGACGGAGACAUGGACUCCACCGCCCAAGCUGGUCACGAAUACUGUUUUUAGGACUAGCACUCACACUGCUUUGACCACCCACAUUAUCUCGCAGACAAGUACUGAACACUUCACCGACACUGUCACGGAUCACCUCACUCUCUCAACCACCGAUGUUGUCGAUUCGACGCUGACACUGAUGACCACCGACAUCGUAUAUCAGACAGACACAGCCACCAUAACCACCCUCUCCACCGCUACAAUUACAAAUCUUGUGACUGAGACCGACACCAAUGUGGUUACCGCAACCUCUACCGCAACCUACGAGCAAGUUUAUGGUCGCGAUUUCCGGGGAGACCAAUACGGGAAUUGGCCCAACCAGGGGCCGCAGUGGCCCAAUCAGCAGCAAGGCAAUGUUCCCAAGCCUCUCCGUAGGCUUGGGAGCAAGGUUGUGUCAGAGAUCUGCUCUUGUCUACACCUACAGACCCCAACAGUCACUCAUUCAGUGACCAAGACUGCCAUCAAGCCUACUAUUACCUCUACUCAGACAGUUCACCGGACAGCUACUGUCACUGAUACCAUCCUGUCAACUCACCAUGCUACGGUGGAAGUUACGAAUACUGCAACUUUAGAUUCAACUACUGUGAUCACUGUUGUGCAAACCAGCUACUUCACCGACACUGUCACGGAGGAGUCUACUGUGGAGGUCACGGCAGAUGUUACUACCCAGGUGACAGACACUGUUACUGUGACCGCCACGGACUCAGUGAUUGUUUCGUCAACGGCUCUGGCUGAAGUCACCGUGACUGAAUCAUCCUCAAGACACGUGGUCCCUUCGUCUAGCUCUGCAUUUAUCGCUUCAUCCACGGCCGCCAAUGUGGUAUCAUCUUCAACCUCGGUUAGCUCAACUACCACUGCCGCAUUUGUGGUUACGACAACUUCAAACUCAAAUUAUGGUGCUGCUACAGUUUCGUCGUUUGCUGGCCCAAUUACACUCAGCUCUGCUGCAACAGCUACCAUGACCCCGAUUGACCCUCCUGGUGUCAACAUGGGUGGCACCGGUGUUUUGACUCCCACUGGCGUCGCCCAAGUGUGGUAUAACGCGGAUGACAGCACCUCCGACUCGAGCUCCGCAUACCCUUACGUCCGUUUGAACAUGACCUUUACGGAAGAUUCAAUUGCCCUGGAUCAGUCAAUCUAUAUUAAAGAUAUUGUCUGCACUUCCUCCACUCUUUCCGGAUCUUUCAACAAUUCUGCUGCGUACAGUUAUGCAGUGAGCUCUUGGCCGACUGAUAGCGGCGUGAUCUUGAUCACAGCUGCGUCAGGCUGCAGUUCCAGUGGACAGAACAUCUACUUCCUCUCUACUUCGAUUGUCUUCACUGACUCCAGUGACUCCUUCGUUGCAACAGGUACCAUUGAAGCAAUUGCCGACGUCCUCGACAAUGUUGGGAUGGACUUUGGUGAUCUUACAUAUGAUACGGACGAUAGCAGUUCGAGCUCGACCUCCUCAGAUUUGGGCUGUACCUCUCCGACUUCGUCUACAAUUGAUGGCCUUCCCGCUAUCUCCUGCGGAACAGAUUUCGAUGAGAACCUAGAUGAUGCUCUUGGAUAUUACUCUGUUGCGACCGAGGCUGAUGCUGAUGCUACCUUACUGGAUCUGGCUCCUGGAUCAUCAACUACUACAAUUUCCCGAGUGAUGCGUCGUAGCUUCUGGAGCAAGCUCAAGGCUGCCGUCACGAAGGUUGCAACUGUUGUUAAGUCAGUUGCUACAACGGUGGCGACCAAGGUGGCUACGGUCGCGAAGACUGUAGUCAGCACAGCCGUUUCGGCCGUGAAGACCGUGGUCAGCACUGUCGCAAGCACAGUCACAACUAUUGCUAAGACAGUUGUGGCUCUUGCUACUCUGAUCGUGACUGGUAACUACAGUCAAACGUUCGAUAUCUCGCUGGACAUUGCCCCGUCCUCGUCUCUUUUGCUUACAUCUCCCUGGGGUGAAGGAUUCAAGUUCUAUACAUUGACCAUGGAUAAAGAUGAUUCUCACUUCUCGCUGGAUGAUACAGUCUUAGAGAAGGUCGAGGAGGAGCUUAUUGGAGAAGCUGACCCCGAGCCCGGCAUUGAACUCUGGUGUGUUGACUGUGGUGUCAGCGGUGAAUUCAAACUCACCGGCGCGUUUUCAAUCAGUGUUUCCAAGGGAAUCUCAAAGGCUCAGCUCUCUUUGACUGGCAACAUGUAUGCUGGCUUGUUUAUCGGACUUGAUGCCUUUGCUGAGUACGAUAUUACGACUGAGCACGAUCUCUUUACAGUCAGCCUGCCUGGAUUCGAAAUUCCUGACAUUAUUACCCUGGGUCCCAGUCUGUCGCUUGGUGUUUCUGCUGAUCUUGAUAUCCAAGCUGAAGGUCAAUACUUCAUCGGUGCCGGGUUGAUCUGGUCCGACAUGAGUGCAGUUCUGGAUCUUAUUGACCACGCUGCGUCAACUCACUCAGGAUGGACCCCUACUCACAACUACUCUGCAAGCUUCGACGGAGAUGUCACUCUUACAUCUACUUUGGGCAUGCCGGUCACCCUGGAGUUCGGACUUAACAUUUUGAGCGGAACUUACGAGAAAGAGGCGAAGUUGAUUGACACCCCCGGACUCGUUGGCACUAUUGAGUACGAUGAUGAUCUCUCCUAUACAAAUGGAGACGCAGAUGUCACUCCUGCCAACGGAUGCUACGGCAUUACUUGGGACUUGGCUUUGGACAACACUGUCGUUCUCGACCUUUCAGACUUUGAUGCUGGCACUUAUACAUUGGAUACGUAUACAUUGGCAGACCUGGCUAAUGGUUGUGUCGGAACAACUGUGACUUCGACUGCUACAGCAGCAUCGUCGACAUCUACCACAUCGUCGACGUCAUCUACAACAACAUCAACAUCUACAACAACCUCGGCCACGGCCACUGCCACCCCAACCGGACUUUCCAUGGACUAUUUCAUUUGGGGAGACUCUGACCAGACCACCCUUGCAAAGUCCUUGUUCAUGGUUAACGGGGACAUCAGGAUCAUGCUUCCCGAACUUUUGGAGGACUUCACCAAUUCCUGGUCUGGAACAUCAAAAUCUUCUGAUACGAAGAGUAUUACUAUGCUCUUUGAGUAUAACGGUGACAUUCGCGUGUUUGUAUCUUCGGAAUAUGCUGCUGAGAUAUGGUACAUCUUGCCAGGUGCUGUCAGCCUGUCUCCAUACACUUCUGAAGUUGUUUCAUACACCAAGCCCUCAAGUGCUGAGAUCACAAUCGUCUCCGUUGUCUGGGGUAUCGGUGUUAUCGCCAAUGAGACUGUAUACGAUGCACUUUACGAGAAUGCCGCGGCCGGAACCUCGUUUGAAAUAUCAAACACAUUCUUUGGCGAAGACACCUGGGUGGACUACGUAAAGACUGGUGUCAUCUUCUACCGGGACGCUUCAGGAAACCUGCAGCACCUAAGUGGUGAUGAGAGCAGCACUGUUUCUUUCCCCACCUCUGCCAUGACCAAGAGAGAUGUCAACAUCGUUGCCUCGAAGCCGCCUCAGGCCGAGACGAAGACCAAGACAGAGCUCAAGACAAUCCCUGUCAGUGUUCCGACCGUCAAGAAGCGUGCGUCGUCCAAGAAUAUCAGUUCCUACGGUCGUAAUCUCCUCUUUGGCCGGUCCGACAAUAGCACCACAUCAUCAAACUCUACCAGUUCCGAUGAUAGCACUGGAGUCGUGACUAUCACCGACACCACAGGUGCCCUCUACUUGAACCCCUCUAUUAACGGCACUCUGUUCGUUUCCCUCGUUAGCGACACCACGAACAUCACCAGCUUGACCGGCGGAUACCAGUUUGCAGCCGACACCACCGAAGGAAUCAUCAUUGGUGAUUCCGCCUCCCGUCUGCUCUACUACUUCCCCGAUACAAUGAGUGCAGUUGGAGCCUCGCGUCUGCGUCUUGGAGCGUGGGGUGAGAUUCCCAAGACUGCCAAUCUCAUCAGCCUUGUUCCGAUGUCCACUGGAAGUGAAGAAAUUCUGGUCGCGAUUGAUACGCUUGGAAAUUACUACUUCCCCUUCGUUUGCGGCAUCCAGAAUCAGCUGAACAAGGUGUUCCUCGUAGCAGAUGUUGACAAUGGUGCCAGCGUUCUCGAGAGCGAUGAUCUACUCUACACUGUCGUUGGAGGUGUUGCAUCCAACUGCAAUGUUUUGGCUUUGGUGGCCUCGGGCCUUUAA